AUGAAUAUUCCAAGUGAAUUCAAAUCAGUAACUGAUUAUGCUGUCAUUUGUGGAAAGCGAUGUCAAUUAUUUGAAAAUUUUCUAAGAGGAAGAAGAUUGAAAAAUUUUGAAGAUUGCUUAUGUAUUUUUUUUAUAUAUACUAGAUUCAUGCGCAGAGCACGUUAAAGAUAAUAUCUAUAAAUUAGACAUUGAUAAAUCAGAUGAAUGA